CUUCCGGUUCCCCGGGGGAUGGAGAGAGGCAGCUUCGCUUAGCGGAAUGGCCAGGCGGACGGACCGGGCGCCGCUCUUGGACUGGGCUGAGGGGCCGGGGGUGAGUCCAGCUCCAGAGACAGAACAAGGGGAGAGAUGGGCGCAGGGUUACGGGGCAGCCUGGGAGCGGAGGCCCGCGGGAGAACUCACACCGCUGCCCCAACUGGAGGAUGAUCAUAUCGCCGCCGUGUUUGUCGUCACAUUCGAUCCCCGGAGCGGUAAUAUUGUAGAAUGGUGCCGCCCCCACGACAUCGACCUGGAGGGGGUAGAAUUCAAGUCAAUGGCCAGUGGCUCUCACCGUGUCCAGUCUGAUUUCAUAUAUUUCCGCAAAGGGGGCUUCUUCGGACUCGCCUGCUUCGCUAACAUGCCGGUGGAGAGUGAGCUGGAGCGGGGGGCUCGCAUGAAAUCCGUGGGGGUCCUGUCCCCCUCCUACACCCUCCUGUAUCGCUACAUGCACUUCCUGGAGAACCAAGUCCGGCACCAGCUGGAGAUCCCCGGCCAUUACACUCCAUUAGAGGCUUUCUAUGAAGACAAGAAGGGGGUCCUGCCCGUGGGGCCCCAAACCUGCCAACCUGCCCUGCACUGGCUCCCCCCUGUACACAAGCACCUGUACCCCGAGAUGAAGAUAACCCACCCCGCCGGCUGCAUGUCCCAAUUCAUCAAGUUUUUCGGGGAGCAGAUCUUUGUGCUGUGGAAGUUUGCGCUGCUCCGGAAGCGAAUCCUCAUAUUUUCCCCCCCGCCCGUCGGAGUCGUCUGCUAUCGAGUUUAUUGCUGUUGCUGCCUGGCCAAUGUCACUCUCCCUGGUAUCGGAGCGACCGCCCCGGAGUCCAAACCUUUCUUCUACGUAAAUGUGGCCGAUAUCCAGUCUCUGGAUGGGGAAGGUUCCUACGUGGCCUGCACCACAGAAAAGAUCUUUGAGCAGAAGCAGGACCUGUAUGAUGUGUAUAUGGAUAACCAAAAUGUAAAAACCCACCGAGAGCACCUUCAGCCAUUGUUGCGGGUCAACAGCGCUGAUAAAGAGAAGUAUCAGCGGCUCAAUGACCAGAGGCAGCUCCUGAUGUACUCUCAGGAAGUGGAUGGAGACUGCGGUUCCUGCGAAGAGGAUUUAUUUAUUCUGUUCUUUAUGGAACAGAACAACCGGAUAUUCCAGACGCUGCUAGAAGUGGCCUCGAGCCAGGACAAGACUCUGACGGCCGAGCAUGCCCGCAGCAUGGGGCUCGACCCCCACGGGGACCGCACUUUUCUCAUGGACCUGCUGGAAGUUUAUGGCUUCGACCUGAUGUUGGUUAUUGACAACCCCUGCUGCCCCUGACUCUCUGGCUCCCCCUAGUGACUAAUCGACUGCUGAUGGAGCAGCAAAAGGAGCAUCACCCCCAACACAACCCCCUUACAUAAGACGAUGCAGUAUACGGGGUUCUCCAAAUGUUGCAUGACUACAACUCCCAGCAUCCCCUGCCAGGAAGCUUGUAGUGUUGCAUUAGAUGGAGUUCCAAUAGCCCAGGGCACAAUGAUCUGUAACAGGAUCCCAUGACUUUAUUAGUACAAUGGAGCAACACUCUGGGAUUCCUCUUUAUAUAUGAAGGGGGCGGGUGCUGGCUCUGAUGAAUUUGAUUGGAUACUGAUGGUUAUUUCCCACUCCCCUCUGACCCAGACUAAUGCCAUAUAAAUAAAUACUAGGGAUGCACUGAAUCCACUAUUCUGGAUUCGGCUGAAUCCUUCGUGAAAGAUUCGGGCGAACCAAAUCCUAAUUUGCAUUUGCGAAUUAGGAUUCAGUUCGGCCGGGCAGAAGGAUUCGGCCUAUUCAUAAUCCUGCUGAAAAAGGCCGGAUCCUAAUUUGCAGGAGAAGAGGAAAACAUUUUUUACUUCCUUGUUUUGUGACAAAAAGUCAUGCGAUUUCCCUCCCCGCCUCUAAUUUGCCGAAUCCAAAUCCUGCUGAAAAAGUCCUAAACCAAAUCCUAAUUUGCAUAUGCAAAUUAGGGAAAGGGAAACAUUUAUUUGCUUGUUUUGAGACAAGGUCAUGUGAUUUCGCUCCCCGCCCCUAAUUUGCAUAUGCAAAUUAGGAUUCAGUUUGGGCGGGCACAUGGAUUUGACUGAAUCCAAAUCCUGCUGAAAAUGGCCGAAUCCCGAAAUGAAUCCUAAUUUGCAUAUGCAUAAUUAGGAGUGGGAAGAGGAAAAACGUCUUUUACUUGUUUUGUUACAAAGUCACGUGAUUUCCCUCCCCUAAUUUGCAUAUGCAAAUUAGGAUUAGCUUGGUCGGGUAGAAGAAUUUGGCCGAAUCCUGCUGAAAAAGGACUGAACCGGAUCCUAAUUUGCAUAUGCAAAUUAGGGAUGGGAAACCUUUUUAAACUUGUUUUAUGACAAAAAGUCACACAAUUUCACUCCCCAUCCCUAAUUUCCAUUUGCAAAUUAGGAUUUGGUUUGGCCUUUUUCAGCAGGAUUUGGCUGAAUUCUGCAUAUGCAAAUUAGGGGCAGGGAGUAAAAUCAUGUGACUGUCACAAAACAAGGAAGUAACCAAAUGUUUUCCCCUUCCCACCCUAUAAUUUGCAUAUAAAAAUUUUGGUUUGGCCGAAUCCAAAUCCUGCUGCAAAAGGCCGAAUCCUGAACCAAAUCCUAAUUUUCAUAUGCAAAUUAUAGGGUGGGAAGGGGAAAAUAUUUUUUACUUCCUUGUUUUAUUGACAGUCACGUGAUUUCCCUCCCUGCCCCUAAUUUACAUAAGCAAAUAAGGAUUCUGGUUUGGAAUCUGAAUCCUGCUGAAAAAGGUCAAAUACCGAACCAAAUCCUAAUUAUCAUAUGCAAAUUAUAGGGUGGGAAGGGGAAAAUAUUUUUUCCUUCCUUGUUUUGUGACCGUCACAUGAUUUCACUCCCUGCCCCUAAUUUACAUCAGCAAAUAAGGAUUUGGGUUUGGAAUCCGAAUCCUGCUGAAAAAGGCCAAAUACCGAACCAAAUCCUGGAUUCGCUGCAUCCCUAAUUGAUACAUGUAGAAUAGAACUGUAGACCUCUCUCUCUGCUUAUUGAAUGGAGGGGUGCACUACUUUUGGGAGAUGCACCCCCAGCCACUCUGGUUAUAAGCGGUACUACAAGCUGCAAAGGUAUUAGUGUUUUUUUGUUUUUUAAGGCAUCAUUUCCUAAAAAUGAUUUACAGCAUCUCCCAAUUUCAUUGCCAUUACUUUGCCUUUAAUUAAUAACCACUUGAACUUGCCCUUGAUAAUUUACUCCAAACAGAAGAAACAAUGCCUUCAAGGGGCGGUUCACCUUUAAGUUAACUUUUAGCAGGUUAUAGAACGGCUAAUUCUAAGCAACUCUUCGCUGUUUCGUUUUUAUAGUUUUAAUUAUUUGCGUUUUUCUUCUGACUCCAGUUUUGAAAAGGGGGUCGCCGACCCCUUCUAAAAAAAACAUGCUCUGUAAGGCUACAAAUGUAUUGUUAUUGCUACUUUUUCUUACUCGUCAUUCUAUUCAGUCCCUCUCCUAUUCAAGUCUUAUUUAAAUCCGUGCCUGGUUGCUAUGGGAAUUUGGACCCUAGCAACCAGAUGGCUAAAAUUGCAAACUGGAGAGCUGCUGAAUAAAAAGCUAAAUAACUCAAAAACGACAAAUAAUAAAAAAUGAAGACCAAUUGCAAA